AUGGCUACUGACGUUACACCAGUGAAACCUCACACUGGUUCGAUACAGAACUAUAAUACCGCAGUCAGGGCCAGCUCAGGAGACUCCCGCUCAGCUUAUCAGCAGGAUCUUCUUGGUUACAUCGAGUAUCGAUCACAAAAGCCUAUCAAAGCUUAUGAAACGUGGUCGAUCACUGGUAUCGAUGCUGUAGUCAAAACGAUCGAAGAGUCUAUUAGGGCUGGAAACGACCUGAAGGAGUUUCAGCAAAAUGUACGGGACAAAGUCGAAGAAAAAUAUUUAUACCCUCAACUGCAAAAUAUAUUCCGUAUAAUCGAGGGUGCAGUAGCGACAAAAACAGGAUAUAAUCGCUCACAGUAUCGGCAGUUGGUUGCAAUGAGCGAACACGUUCCUGAUGCCGAACAAAUGUCCUUUCCUGUUAAUAAACCCGACUUCGCUCUUAUGGAAGUACCUCCAACGUCAGAGCCUCUGACUCCCAGCAUUGAUCCGGGGAGCAACCGGGUCAAGUGGAGACAGAUUUGUGGGUUUGUCGAAGUCAAAAGUACAUUCAAUAAAGGUCCCAAUGCGCCAUCAGCAACAACAGUCAGACAAAUAGUCUCACAGGGAGCCAAUUAUGCAAGGCUGAUUUUGGCAUCCCGACCAUUCCACCUCUAUGUUCUAUGUAUCUUCAUUUACGGGCCAAACUUCUGCCUCGGAUGGUAUGACCGGAGAGGGGUCAUCCUUUCGGACGAUUACCACAUUGACACUAAUCUUCACAUCCUUAUCAACGUAGUGCUUCAGCUCACUACACACAUGACUCCAUGUCAGCUCGGGCACGACAAAACGGCGACCUUGCUAAACGGGCAUACGUACUACCAGGAGCAGUAUCCCUCCUUCUUGGUGAGCAUGAGUUCAGUCACCGAUACUCGUCGGUGGAAAACCGUGGGCCCCCCCAUAUGGUCUUCUUUGUCUUUACUAGGCCGUGGCACUGCCACAUGGCGAGCUAUAUCGCUGCAGCAUAAUGAUGCUGUCGUAUUAAAAACCCUAUGGAGAUCGCAGACCCGACGAAGCGAAUCCGACGUCUACAGGUCUAUCACUUCUGCUAUGCCAGGUGUUGCCACACUGAGUAUUGGAGAUGACGUUCGCCAUUCUGUCGGAAGGGACGCAAAUGCUAUCGUAACAGUUGGCUGGCUCCGUUCUACCAUUCUUCAAGAUGACACCUGCGUUCGUGAUGAUCCAGUUCUCCAUCGUCUCGCGCUCAAAACCGUCGGAAGACCUUUGUGGGAUGCCGAAACAAGUAAAAUUUUCAUUACGGGCUCCCUGGCUGCACUCAGAGGACACCAAGCACUUUGGAUAAAGGGAAUUCUUCAUAGAGACAUGAGUCCAGGGAAUAUCUUUAUCGGUCUGCCGGGCUGCGCUGAGGGUUGGGAAGGGUUCGUUGCAGACCUCGAGCUGGCCUGGAUGGCACAAGGGAAGACCGAAACAAUUGACGUAUUAGAACCUGUUGCUCCCUCAGUGGGACAGAAAAACACCAGGUGCAUCUUUCGCGAGGAAAGCGUUUCGAAUUCUAGAGCUCCUGGGGCAGAAAUCACUGGCACCGCGUUGUUCAUGGCUGGCGAACUUUUGGACAAUAUUCUCCUGGUCAACAAGAAGGGAAAAGUUUGUCCAGCACAACUUCGACGUGGUGUACACCAUGACCUGGAGUCUUUUAUCCUUGUUCUGUUCUAUGCAAUCAUGAAACGUGCCUUUGAACAAGGGUUCUCUGAAGAGGAUGCAUGCAAUAAAAGUGGCAUUGAACGACUCUAUCGCUCACUGUUCGGUGGCCAUACUAUCUGCGACAUUAUACAAGGACGGUCUGUUUUUCUACAGCAGAAGCCAGUAUGCCUCUACGAGGUGGUGGACCCAGCAAUGCGCCAACUCCUUCAUGGCUGUUGGAUCCUUCUGAAAUCACAGAGGGCUGACAGUGUCCCAGGUGACGCAUAUACGGACGAGAUUGAAAAGGAGUUGCAGUUGAGAACACUUAAUACCCUUUUAGAACUCCCAUAG